ACCAUUAUCACAGUUUUAAAAAGGGCUGCUUGGCUUUGGAGUACAAAUUGCUACGGCGGGAAAAGUAUAUGGUAGAACAACUUCAAUGUUGAAUUUGAAAUAGUUUCGCUGCAUCUCUGUGAGAGUGAAUCUGGGUGGGGAUGGAGGCAACCAGUGGCGAGGUCGUGUUCGAAUCCCUGAAUUUGAGUCCGCGCCUCUUCAUCAAUGAAGUCCUCAAUGUCGUCGACGAUCUGCUGGACGAGGCUUUCAAUUAUUUCCUCCAAGAGGCUUCGAAGCGGUUGAAAACCGAGGGCACCGAUCGAGCGGAGGAACUGAGCAAGGGUGUGGCGUACAUUCGGGAUUUGAUCCAAUCGACUCUCGACCAGCGGAUGGAAAAGUGGGAAGAAUAUUGCAUUCGAUUUUGUUUCAGUGUACCCGAAGGAUUUUCACUGCCGAAAGCUAAUGAACCAUCUGGUGAUGAUUUACCAGACCUUGAUGUUCUUACCGAUACAGAGGUGGAUGCGCAGUUGAAAUCUUUGCGUGAGAAGCUUGUCUUGGUUGGAAAAGAAUCUGCUGAGCUUGACAAAGAACUUCGUGCAUUGGAGAGACAAUCUUUAGCAAGUAAUAAAUCGGCAGGGUUUAUUAAUGAAGCAUUGCGGUUGUAUGAGAAGAAUGGUGCUCCUCAAAUGUUCAAAGAACUGACCAAUAUGGCAUCAGAAUUUCGCGCAAAAGUGGUUAAUCUAAAGAGAAGCAGAACGGAGGAAACUCAGAGCUUGAAUGAAAGAGCAGACAAGUUACUUGUGAAGCCAUGGGAUGCUGUCCGGAUGCCUCGUGGAAACGGUAUGUUGCCGGAAAAACUCGAAGAAUUGCAAGAGUUUCUGGAUGAGAUCAUUGCUCACCAUAACUAAUUGUUGAAUCACGGUUCGUACGGCUGCUAGUAGUUAUGUUUGCCGCUAGUUCUUACACAUUCCAUGCGUGAGUCCUAACCGUUCACUUGCCGUACAUGGUUCGCCUAGUGUGACUGGACUGUCGGGCCUAGUUUGCAGGGUAUUAGAUUCGACCGGGUUUACUCAGUGCCCACUUCCGGGUAGCGGCUGCGAGUUCUUAAGUCGUUGAAAAAAAAAAUAGAUAAUGUCCUCAAAUCCUUACGUCUUUUUAUUUAGU